CGCCAACUUCAACUGGCAGGUUAUCCGGAUGUUCGGUGAUUGGUCGAAGCGUACACCAAUCGUCCCAGCGGUCCAUCAAGCAACAACAACAUGGCGGCGAGCAGCAUGAGCAUGUGGGCAGGCAAGGCGAUCGUCGAGGUCGGCGACCUCGUCAUCCUCUUCGAGACGCACAGCAGCGUCACGUACGCCUUCAUGGAGAAGGACGGCUGCUACCAGAACCGCCACGGCGCCUUCCACCACAACGACAUGAUCGGCCAGCGCUUCGGCACCAAGGUCUACUCGCGCAUGUCCAAGGGCUACAUCUUCAUCCUCGCGCCGACGCCCGAGCUGUGGAGCAAAGCGCUGCGCCACCGAACGCAGAUUGUCUUUACGCUCGAUGCGAGCGCGAUCCUCUUCAACACGCACUGCGCGCCCGGCAAGAUCGUGGUCGAGUCGGGCACGGGCAGCGGCGCCUUGACGACGUCCUUUGCCCGUGCGAUUCAGCCCAGCGGCCACGUGUACACGUUCGAGUUCAACGCCACGCGCGCCCAAGUCGCCAAGGAAGAGUUUGCUGCCAACGGCCUCGACAAGGUUGCGACCGUCGAGUGUCGGGACGCGUGCGAGCAAGGCUUUCCCGAGCACCUCAACGACAAGGUCGACGUCGUUUUCCUCGAUCUCCCGUGCCCGUGGAAAGCUGUGGGCCAUGCGAAGCGCGUGCUCAAGACGGGCGGCGCGUUCGCGUCCUACUCGCCGUGCAUGGAGCAAGUGCAAAAGACGUGUGACGCCCUGCGCCUCGACGGCUUUGACCGUGUCCGCACGAUCGAGACGCGGCUCAUGACGUACACGGCGCGCACCGUGACGCUGCCGGUACCCGACUUUGGCUCGUCGGACGCCGCAAUCGCCAACGCGAUCGCCGAAGCGUCGGGCGAGAAGCGCAAGCGUGUGCCGGAGGUUCCCGAGUCGGAGCUUCCGACGCACACGUUGGCCAAGCGCGACGAAGAGAUGCGCGGUCACACGGCGUUCCUGACGUUUGCCUACAAGUUUUAAUACGAUAUGGCGACGAUGGCCAUUGCAUAAGCUC